AUGUCGCACAGUAUUGAGUCACAGCAUCUCUGUGAAGUAGCUCUAUUACUAGUUGCGUACAAGUUACAAAAGGACCGCGUUCGGAUGCAUAUUAAAUCACCUAACAACUUUGAAUGGCUCAAACAGUCUCGUUUCUAUUUCAACAUUGAUACAGACCAGUGUCUCAUAUGCAUCACUGACGUCACCUUCAGUUAUCAGAAUGAGUUUGUUGGGUGUACAGAUCGUUUGGUUAUCACCCCUUUAACUGACCGAUGCUACAUUACAUUAUCUCAAGCUCUUGGUAUGUCUAUGGGUGGAGCUCCAGCAGGCCCGGCAGGAACAGGAAAGACAGAGACCGUGAAAGACAUGGGGAAAGCACUGGGAAAGUAUGUUGUAGUCUUCAAUUGCUCUGAUCAGAUGGACUACAGAGGAUUGGCUCGUAUCUACAAAGGAUUAGCUCAAUCAGGCAGCUGGGGAUGCUUUGAUGAAUUCAACCGGAUUGAAUUGCCUGUCUUGUCAGUAGCAGCUCAGCAGAUUGCUAUCGUACUUACGUGCAAGAAGGAAAAGAAAAAGCAGUUCCUAUUCAGUGAUGGUGAUGUUGUUGAUAUGAAUCCCGAAUUUGGGAUUUUUCUUACAAUGAAUCCUGGAUAUGCUGGCAGACAAGAACUUCCUGAGAAUCUAAAAGUUCAGUUUAGGACUGUAGCUAUGAUGGUUCCAGAUCGACAGAUCAUCAUGCGUGUGAAGUUGGCUAGUUGUGGAUUUUUAGAGAAUGUGGUGCUGGCACAAAAGUUCUUUACUCUUUACAAGCUUUGUGAAGAGCAGCUGACAAAACAGGUGCAUUAUGAUUUUGGUUUGCGCAAUAUAUUGUCUGUUUUGCGAACACUUGGAGCAGCCAAACGUUUAAGUCCUGAUGACAGUGAGAGUGCAACCGUGAUGAGAGUUCUUCGUGACAUGAAUGUUUCUAAACUAGUGGACGAAGAUGAACCCUUGUUCAUGUCUCUCAUCAAUGACCUGUUUCCUGGAAUCGUGUUAGACAAGGCCACUUACUGUGAUCUUGAAGCUGCUAUUUCUAAAAUUGUUGAAGAAGAAAGACUUGUCAAUCAUCCUCCAUGGACCCUGAAACUGAUACAGUUAUAUGAAACUCAAAGGGUACGGCAUGGAAUGAUGACUUUAGGCCCAUCAGGUGCAGGGAAGACAAAGUGUAUCAAUGUGUUGAUGAAGGCAAUGACAGAAAUUGGACAAUUUCAUCGUGAGAUGCGAAUGAAUCCUAAAGCAAUCACAGCUCCUCAAAUGUUUGGUCGUUUGGAUGUUUCAACUAAUGACUGGACUGAUGGCAUUUUCUCCACAUUAUGGCGGAAGACUCUGAAAAUAAAGAAAACGGAGCAUGUUUGGGUAGUUUUAGAUGGCCCAGUUGAUGCAAUUUGGAUUGAGAACCUAAACUCUGUUCUUGAUGACAACAAAACAUUAACUUUAGCAAAUGGCGAUAGAAUUCCCAUGGCUCCAAAUUGCAAGAUAGUUUUUGAACCUCAUAACAUUGACAAUGCGUCACCUGCCACAGUAUCACGAAAUGGUAUGGUGUACAUGAGUUCGUCAGCUCUUGAUUGGAAACCAAUUCUUCAAGGUUGGAUAAAGCAGCGAUCAAACCAGGAACGGGUUGUUUUGUGGAAUCUCUUUCAGGAAUCGUUUGAUGAUAUCUAUAAUUUUGUGCAAGUGAGCUUAGACGCCAAGAUGGACAUACUGGAAUGCAACUACAUUGCACAGGCGAUUAAUCUACUUGAUGGUCUUAUUCCUGGUGAAGAUGAACAUGGACACAAAGUUGAUAUGACUGUUAGUCACUUGGAAAAGCUGUUUGUGUUUUCACUGAUGUGGAGUUUGGGUGCCCUGUUGGAGAUUGACGAUCGUGCAAAGCUUGAACAAUUUAUGAAAGAAAUGGAAAAACUGUCUCUUCCUUUAGUUAGUGAUGAGCAGACCAUAUUUGAAUAUGUUGUAGACUCGAGCGGCUACUGGAAACAUUGGUCUGCAUAUGUGGAGGAGUAUGUUUACCCACCAGAUACAACUCCUGACUAUUCCUCCAUUCUUGUGCCCAAUGUUGAUAAUGUCAGAACAAACUUUCUUAUUGACACAAUUGCCAAGCAGCAAAAGGCGGUUCUAUUAAUAGGAGAACAGGGUACAGCCAAGACUGUGAUGGUUACAGGUUAUGCUGCACGAUAUGAUCGUGAUGUGCAGCUUUUCAAAAGCAUGAAUUUUUCAUCUGCUACAACUCCAAUGAUGUUCCAAAGAACUAUUGAAAGCUAUGUGGAUAAGAGGAUGGGAUCAACAUACGGGCCUCCAGCAGGCAAGAAAAUGACAGUAUUCGUGGAUGACAUCAACAUGCCUAUUAUUAAUGAAUGGGGAGACCAAAUCACUAAUGAAAUUGUUCGUCAAUUGAUGCAAAUGAAUGGCUUUUAUAAUCUGGACAAGCCAGGUGACUUCACUCACAUUGUUGACAUUCAGUUUAUGGCUGCAAUGAUACAGCCUGGAGGGGGACGCAAUGACAUACCAAGCAGGCUCAAAAGGCAGUUCAAUAUUUUUAACUGCACCUUACCGUCCAAUGCAUCAGUUGACAAAAUUUUUGGUAAGUGGCAAGAGUACGGACAUAACAUACGACGUUUAUGCUCUGUGUUGUUUGAGGUUAAGUGUUGCCAACACUAAAAAUAUUAAUUAGUAGAUUUUAGUACACCAAAAG